AUGCUGCUCGCUACGGCAUUCAACAGUGACCAGGUCAAAGCGCUGAGCAACGAGGUUAUCGCAACUGUGCGGGAUAUCGUAGCCCUCAACCCAAUGUACCGCGAAAACAUGCAGCGCGUGGCCGAGAUGGGCCAGCGUAACCUGGACAACCCCGUGCAAUUGUGUGACUUUGCGGCCGCCCUCACCUCUGGCAACCCAGAGGAGCUGCAGGGCAUUCUUGAGGAAAUGGACGUGGCUGAACGACUCUACAAGACGCUAGAGCUGCUCAAGAAAGAGCUGCUGCAACUGAAGCUACAAGCCAAGAUCAGCGAAGAGGUCCAGGAAAAGCUGCACAAACACAACAAGGAGGCCUUGCUUCGAGAACAACUCAAGAUUAUCAAAAAGGAGCUGGGUAUUUCCAAGGACGACAAGGAUUCGCUGCUGGAGAAAUACAAGGCCCAGCUCGAAAACAAGACGCUGCCGGAUGACGUUAAAAAAGUGGUGGAUGAAGAGCUCAACAAGUUGAGCAUGCUGGACAAUCAUUCCUAUGAGUUUAACACAUCACGCAACUAUCUUGACUGGCUUACCACUCUGCCGUGGGGCGUCUACGGCGAGGAUAAUUUUGACAUUGAGCGAGCCCAGGCAAUCUUGGACGAGGACCACUACGGCAUGAAGGAUGUUAAAGAUCGUGUUCUUGAGUUUAUCGCCGUUGGCAAGCUCCGCAACAGCAUGCAUGGCAAAAUUUUGACGUUUUCUGGUCCUCCGGGUGUUGGCAAGACAUCCAUUGCCAAGUCCAUUGCCCGUGCUUUGAACCGGGAGUACUAUCGAUUCUCGGUCGGCGGUCUGCAUGAUGUCGCCGAGAUCAAGGGCCACCGUCGUACCUACGUCGGGGCCAUGCCAGGCAAGCCAAUCCAGUGCCUAAAAACCACGGGUACACAGAACCCUUUGAUUCUUUUGGAUGAGGUGGACAAGAUCGGGCGGGGUGUGCAUGGCGACCCCACCUCCUCCCUCCUGGAGCUGUUGGACCCUGCUCAAAACUCGGGCUUCCUGGACCAUUACCUUGACGUGCCGGUGGAUCUGUCAAAGGUGUUGUUUAUCUGCACAGCCAAUGUACUUGAUACAAUUCCUGGACCUUUGCUCGAUCGAAUGGAGAUUAUCCAACUCUCGGGCUACAUGGCAGAUGAGAAGCGCGCCAUCGCUAAGCAGUACCUGAUUCCAGAGGCUCAGAAGACAUCUGGUGUCACGGCUGAACAGCUGGAGAUUACAGAUGAAGCGCUUGACGUGCUGAACAGGGCGUAUUGUCGCGAGUCGGGUGUCCGCAAUCUUGAAAAGCACAUUGACAAGAUUCAUCGCAAAGCAGCGCUGAAGCUUGUGCGCGACAAUGCCAAGACGCUGCGCGUGGACGCCAGCAACUUGUCCGACUACGUGGGUCAGCCCGUGUUUUUAUCAGAUCGUUUGUACGAGCAGACACCUCCUGGCGUGGUCAUGGGGCUGGCUUGGACCGCUAUGGGCGGUUCGACCCUAUACAUUGAGACGGUGGCCUCGCGUGCUGACCGCAUGAAAGCCACGGUCCCGGGCGAGGCACGCUCUGAUGGUCGCUUUGGCGUGACCGGCUCCUUGGGAGACGUCAUGAAGGAGAGCUCGACCAUUGCGUACACCUUUGCCAAGCACUAUCUGGAGAAGGUUGAUGAGAAGAACGGGUUUUUCAACUCGGCGAGCGUCAGUCUUCACGUACCCGAGGGAGCAACACCCAAAGAUGGUCCCUCUGCAGGCUGCACCAUGGUGACGGCCCUGCUCUCACUGGCUCUAGACAAGCCGGUGCGGCAAAACUUUGCAAUGACGGGCGAGGUGUCACUGACGGGCCGUGUUUUGCGCGUGGGAGGUAUUAAGGAGAAGGUGCUGGCCGCCAAGCGAAGCGGAGUGACCUGUGUGGUGUUGCCAUACACGAAUGAAAUGGACUGGCAGGAGCUACCCGACCAGGUCAAGGAGGGGCUUGAGGUUCAUUUCGCCAAGACAUAUGACGAUGUGUACAAGGUGGCCUUUGCGGAUGCUGCUGCGGCUCAACAAGAGUGA